AUUUAUAGAACAAUGCGUCCCGUGUUGGCGGUGAAGGUAAACCCUGGUUAAACCCUCGACUGUUCUCCAUUUUCGAUCUUUGUGUUUGAGUUUGAUAACAAUGUCGUCCCUUGCUGCCAAAUUUGCAAACCAAUUUACAUCCUCUGCAAGAUCGACUUCUGCUCUCCUGUCUGGAGUUCAAAGAAGCUCGAAGCUAUGUUACUCAACGGUGUCUCUUGAUGGUGAUAAUGAUGGUGCAAAGAACAGUGGAGCAGAUGAUUUCCAUGAUGAUUUUAUUCCUGAGAAGCGAGAGUCGAUACCGCAAGGCGUAGAUCCCAAAAGGGGUUGGAAUUUCAGGGGUGUUCAUAAGGCAAUCAUAUGUGGGAAAGUUCGUCAAAGCCCUGUGCAGAAGCUGUUACGAAGUGGAAGAACCUUGACCAUCUUUAAUGUUGGAACAGGCGGCUUAUGGGACCAUAGAGUAAUGGGUGCAAAAGACUUGCCAAAGCCAGCCCAAUGGCAUCGUGUCGUUGUCCAUAAUGAAAUGCUUGGUGCCUAUGCUGUUCAGCAACUUGUGAAAAACUCUUCAGUUUAUGUUGAGGGUGACAUUGAAAUUCGAGUUUACAAUAAAGGCAUUACUGGUGAAGUUGUGCGAAUGCCAGAAAUUUGUGUUCGCAAUGAUGGUAAGGUUCGACUCAUAAAGCCUGGAGAAAGUACUACCAAUAUUCCCUUUGAAGAACUGCGGGAAGGAUUGCAGUGAUGUCAAAUUAGUUACUGAUUGUAGAAAUAUGACAUCUUCAUCUUGGAGCUUCGCCUCUUGUAAGAUAUAUGUAUGUGCGCUUUAAUUGAAUAUCUUGCAACUUCUGGAGAGAAUUGUUCGAAUUGCAAUUUGCUAAAGAACCAACACGGAGUAUUAUUUUGUGCUCUA